UCUUUCGAUCUUUGCAUGCAUUUGAGUACAAUGUUCACGAUGCAGGUGUGUCAGCAAAGAAACUUGGUCAUCCAAGACAUAAGUUGACCGUAAAGAAUCUGUAACAGAGAAGUGGAGGCAGGUAAGACGAAGCUGAUAGAUUUGGUGUUGACCUGUGACUUUGCUACUGAUGAAGCAGAGAUACGAACGAGGAGAAUUCGAUGCUCACGAUAAAUAAGAUUUCUUUGCUUCGUCUUCUCUCUCCCUCUACGUCAUGCCUUCGGUCAGCCAAUAACCCCUCGCUAAAACCGGAUGUAGAUUUCUCCUCUCUGUUCCGGAGAACAGCAGCACGUCGCCCCACCAUGAAGACGGUCCCGGUGGCCAUCGGCCGCGGGAGAAAGGUCGUGCGGAUCCAGUGCACCGACGCGGACGCCACCGGUUCCUCCGGCGACGAGAACGAGGCUGCCAUGCGCCGGGUCAAGAGGCACGUCCAGGAGAUCGGGUUUGAGGUGGCGGCGGCGAAGGCGAAGGCGCAGGUCGACAGGCGGCCGCUCGCGGCGGUUUCGGGCUCCUGCUGUGGGAAGCGGUUCCGAGGCGUCCGGCGGCGACCUUGGGGCCGAUGGGCGGCGGAGAUACGCGACCCAACGCGGAGGAAGCGGGUGUGGCUGGGGACCUUCGACACCGCGGAGGAAGCUGCCGCCGCGUACGACGCUGCUGCAAUCAGGCUCAGGGGAGACAACGCCGAGACCAACUUCGCCGCCGGAACGGCGGCGGCGGCGGCCGGAAACAGGGACUUCUCCUCCGUUGGGGAGGCGGCAGCGGCCGGAAACAGGGACUUCUCCUCCGUUGGGGAUGCUGCCGCCUCCGACAACCCGUUCUCCUCCCCGACGUCGGUCCUCUGUAACGGCAUGGACAAGACGCCGUUCGACGUCCUGGGCCACGGCGACGUCGACGCUUUCGGGCUCAGCGUCGAUCCACCGUUACACACAAGGGAGUUGUACCCACCGAAGUGGCCGUGUGGGGACGCAGGCGACGAGUUCACGGAGUUCGCCGCGGAAGAUUUCCUGCCACCGGCAGCACCUUCGAGUCUCUCGAAUGCCGAUACUGCCCUUGCCUUGUCACAGUCGAAACGAGAACAUAUGGCAAGAGUGAACGGUAAGUCGUGCUACGUACGUGUAAGCCGUGUAUUGUCGCCAAAUGGUGUAUUGUCGCCAAAAGUCGUGCUACGUACGUGUAAGCCGCCAUAUUGCGGGAUGCGUGGCACCAUUUGAGCCCUCGAUCGGAGUGGCGGGAGGGCACAGCUGUGGGCCCGCGGCCUGAAUCCUCCGGCUCCCUCGAUCGGGAGAUACGUGGCACCAUCUCGAGAUUCCCAUCUAUGUAGAAUUUUUGCUCCCUAAUGGAUCGGAUCCGCUGGGCCCGCACCAAAAUCCGAGAUAACUAGCUGAAACAACCCGCGUCCAAGAAGGGUACAACGUCGGGUUCGGAUCAAUCAUGCGGGCAUCGUCAAUGUGCGGCCCGCUUUGGUUUGGGUCGGCAUCUGCCUAUAAAAGCAGAAGAAGGAAGACUGCCGUUUGACCUGCUCGGUCGACCAAGUUUCCUCCUUCUCAGGCCUCAAACUUGACUCACCAUCAUUUUCCUCAGAUCCAUUUGCGGAGUCAUCGUACCCCAGAUCGUUGCACUUCGGAUCGGGAUACUGCCGCGGAGAUCGAUAGUUCGCAUCAUCGCCACCACCAGUUUUUGUUUUCCCAGAAGCAGCUGGUGGUCUGAUUAUUUGGACUCAACUUCUAACCAGAAUGGGAAAUUGUUCAGGAAAAAAAGGUGGAGGGGGUGAUCUUGAAGAUGAGAUAAACUUCAGAGGUGGAAAUGUGCAUGUAAUAACUUCCAAGGAAGGCUGGGACCAAAAAGUUUCGGAAGCAAACAAGGAUGGGAAGAUAGUUAUAGCAAAUUUUAGCGCAGGUUGGUGUGGCCCAUGCAGAGCGAUGGCACCGGUGUAUAUGGAGCUGUCUGAGAAGUAUCUUUCACUGAUGUUUUUGUCGAUAGAUGUCGAUGAGUUAACAGAAUUUAGUUCGUCAUGGGAUAUCCAUGCGACUCCAACAUUCUUGUUCCUGAAAGAUGGGCAACUGCUGGAUAAGCUCAUAGGUGCCAACAGAUCUGACCUGGAGAAGAAGAUAAUCAUGUUUGUUGAUUCCUGCUCCAAAAAUUCAAAUCUAUAAUGCCAAGUCCCUGCACUCUAAAUCUUUUCUGUCGAAACAAUUGUCAGCUUAUCCGCCAUGAGAAAACACAUCUGUACCAUGAACUCCUUUUGUUCUAUGAAUUGCAUCAGUCGUGGUUUUCAAAAUGACCUCUCUUCCUCGCCA